GCCUGCGAGACUGGAACCGUUGAUAUCAUUCGGGUGCUGCUCGAUCACGGCGCUGCGGUUGAUCUAGUGGACGAAACGGGGGACAGCCCGCUGAUCACUGCGGCGGAGAACGGCCACGUGGAGGUGGUGAAGUUGCUGAUAGAACGAGGCGCUACGGUCGAUCUAUUCAACAACAAUGGGUGGACGCCACUA